AAAAUAAAAUAAAAUAACGAAGCAAAAGCCCAAAACCCACAGUUCACUCGCCCCUUGUUCUUCGUCUCACUUUUCAAGCCCUAACCCUUUCUCAGAUUCGCUAUUUGCCGACCCAUUCCUCUUCUACGUCUCCGACUGUGAUUGCAGAGGCCCAAAGUUGAAGAGGAAUCAAUUGCAGCCUUGAAGUGACUCCAGUCGAGGAGGAAUCGACUCCGACAGCCUUGCAGUGAGCCCCUUCAUCUUCUCCACUUCGCCCGUAGUAGGGCAUCUGGGGUAGUUGCAGUUUACAGAGGGAUAUCCUCUCGCACGCGGCUUCGUGAUUUGGCUCAGUUGUAGUGACUGUUCAGAGUUUAGGGAAUGGAGGGUUUUGAUAGAGUGGACAAUCAUGUCGAAGGUGUCGAGGAGAAGCCAAAAACAAAGCACAAGGGGAAACAUGACAAACCGAAGCCAUGGGACGACGAUCCAAACAUUGAUCACUGGAGGAUUGAGAAGUUUGAUCCGACAUGGAAUGAUGGUGGAAUGCUCGAAGUUAGUUCCUUCUCAACAUUGUUUCCUCAAUACAGAGAAAAAUACUUGCAAGAAGUAUGGCCCAUUGUGAAAGGUGCUCUGAAAGGACAUGGUGUUUCGUGUGAACUCAAUUUGGUUGAAGGAUCCAUGACUGUUUCAACAACCCGGAAGACAAAGGAUCCAUAUAUCAUCAUAAAAGCUAGGGAUCUGAUGAAGCUUUUAUCAAGAAGUGUUCCUGCACCGCAGGCAAUCAAGAUACUAAAUGAUGAGAUGCAAUCUGACAUUAUAAAAAUUGGCGGCCUCGUUCACAACAAGGAAAGAUUUGUUAAACGUAGGCAGAAUCUUAUUGGCCGCGAUUCAACCACACUGAAGGCUAUUGAGAUUUUGACUGGAUGCUAUGUUCUAGUUCAGGGGAAUACAGUUGCUGCUAUGGGUUCAAUCAAGGGUCUGAAACAACUUCGGAGGAUUGUUGAAGAUUGUAUGCAGAAUAAAAAGCAUCCCAUUUACCACAUCAAGGAGCUCAUGAUCAAACGGGAGCUUGAAAAAAAUCCAGAACUUGCAAAUGAGAGCUGGGAUAGAUACCUUCCCAAGUACAAGAAGAAAAAUGUUAAGAGAAAGAAAGUUAAGGGUAAAGAGAAGAAACCUUAUACGCCCUUCCCCCCUCCUCAACAGCCCAGCAAGAUUGAUCUUCAACUGGAAAGCGGUGAAUAUUUCUUAAGUGACAAAAAGAAGUCAGCUAAGAAGUGGCAGGAAAAGCAGGAGAAGCAGGCAGAAAAAACAGCUGAAAACAAGAGAAAAAGAGAGGCUGCCUUUGUUCCUCCCAAGGAGCCCACAAAGAUGGACUCCAAUAAAUCUCAGGACGAUAAGAAUGAUUUAGCCACCAUAACAAAGUCAUUAAAGGAAAAGUCGGAUAAAUUUGGGAAGCAGAAUGUUAUUGAGAAUGUCAAGGCUGAAACAUUCAUUGCUAGUACAGAACCACUAAGCAAGAAGUCCAAGCGAUCCAAAUCUUAGGGACAUUUAUCAUAUUAAGCUUUCAGGAAACAAUGAAUGUAAUCGUCGGCGUCGUAGAAGGACAAUUGUUCCUCAUGGAAGUAAGGCCAAACAUGACUGUUCGUCAAUUGAAACGAUUGAUGAAAACCUCUAAGGGUGCUGAAGUGAGUAGGCAAGCUUUCUGGUACCAUGGAAUAUUACUACAAGAACAUCAAUCUCUGGAAUAUUAUGGAAUACAUGAUGGAGCUUAUUUGGAUCUUGUCUAUGAGCGCGAUUUUACCGACUCAACCUUCACCAUUGUUGCUAGGGUUGGGGUUUGGGAGUUUCCUAAUUUGGUGGUGAGAGAAACAAUGACUGUGACACAAUUGAAGGAGAUGCUUGUAGGGAUAACACACAUUGAAUUAUCAGCUAUGAGGCUCUUCCAUAAAACAGAAAAGAUGGUGAAUAACACUUUUCUCUACCAUUAUUUUGUCUCUCAGGGUUCAUUGAUUAGGGUUCAUUUUAAACUUUCCAAUGAACCACCUUCGGAUGUCGAUGAGGAAUUAUAAUUUUCUUAUUUUUCAUAUGUGAUCAACCAAAUCACACUCUAAGUCAUCUUGUGAUAGCAGUCCAUAAUUAUAAUUUCAUUACUUUUUUUUAUUGCAAA